UAUCUUGUUAUCAGUUGAGUUUGUUCGUUAUCUAGAGUACCCGAGUACCGGCCGUGCUGAACAUAACCAUUUUAAUUUUUAUGAAACAACCGAAAUAUUGUUGUGUUAGAUCAACAACCAAACCACCGGCUAUAUUACUAUUAUUAUACUAUGCUAUAUUCUAGUAUUCCGUAGAUCGAGUUUAACGGUUGAAGGUAACUAUCGUCUAAUGUCUAUGUUAUUGCUACCCAGUUUUUUGUUCCAACCACUUUUUUGUGAAGUAUAUUGCUUCAAUUAAUCGAUUGUUUGUGAACACAAUAUACUGUCAGAAACCUUAGAGAAACUUACUGGUUUAAACAGUGGUUAUUGUAGAAGAAAAAUAUUUUGAUUAUCAUUUUUAGUGUGAUGGAAAAAAGGGAGUGGCCACUAUUUGUGUAUGGUGGUCUAUCAUCCUGUAUUGCUGAAUUUAGUACUUUUCCUAUUGAUACAACCAAGACUAGACUACAAGUUCAGGGGCAAUUGGAUGGACAAUUCAAUAAAAUUAAAUACCGUGGAAUGGUAGAUGCUUUUUGUCAGAUUUAUAAGCAAGAAGGUUUCUUGUCUCUUUAUUCUGGAAUUAGCCCUGCAUUAAUACGCCAAUGUACAUAUGGUUCACUUAAGUUUGGAACAUAUUAUACAUUAAAACAAGCAACUAAUGAAUAUCUUCAAGUGACCGAAGAUGUAGCUGUUAAUUUUGGAUGUGCAAUAUGUGCUGGAAUAAUAUCUGCAUCUAUUGCUAAUCCAACAGAUGUGCUUAAAGUCAGACUUCAGGCUUUGGGUCGAGAUAAAACCGGAAUUUUUUUAGAUAAUAACGUUUUUAAAUGUUUUCGUUAUAUUUAUGUACACGAAGGACUCAGAGGUUUGUGGAAGGGAGUCGGACCAACAUCGCAGCGAGCUGCAAUCAUUGCAGCCGUUGAGUUGCCAGUUUAUGAUUAUUGUAAACACAAGUUGAUGGACAUUUUCGGAAAUCAUAUUUUUAAUCACUUAAUCUCGAGUUUAAUAGCUAGUUUUGGAAGUGCUGUUGCCUCUAAUCCUAUUGAUGUAAUCAGGACUAGACUAAUGAACCAGAAGCACAAUAGAAAUACUGAAGUUAUUCAACAACAUAUCUAUAAAGGAAGUAUUGACUGCCUAAUAAAAACUGUCAAGUAUGAAGGAGUUGUGGCACUGUACAAAGGUUUCAUUCCCACUUUUGUUCGAAUGGGACCCUGGAACAUAAUAUUUUUUAUAAUUUACGAAAGACUGAAAACGAUCUAAGUUUUAAGCCUAUGUUAUUGGAAUAAAAUAGAGUAUCCAGCAAGUUAAACUUAAUAUUGUUAUCAUCUAUUUUACAAUUAAGUAUUAUAUUUAUAAUGGAAAUAUAAGACAUUAUUGUGAGAAAUUAA